AUGAGCAAAAGCAUGGCGACCCAGUCGAAGCAGAAGAAGUUGAAAGGCGGUCGACAGAAGUUAAAGCUCUUCCGCGCCAACGAACCCUUGAAGAGCGUCCUCAUGUGGGGUAUUAAUCAUUCUCUCACUACUCUGCAACACAUGAAACCGCGCGCGGUACUAAUGAAGGAUGACUUUAAGGCCUAUCUCAAAAUUAAAGUGAAGGGCCAUCUGUUUAACAAAGAGAAUAUGCCAAGUCGAUUCAAGUUCAAGGAGUACUGUCCACUGGCAUUUCAGAACCUGCGGGAGAGGUUCAAUGUGGACACAAACGACUACUGGGAGUCGUUCACGCGUUACCAACCACUGUGGGACAGCGUUAGCAGUAAAUCGGGCUCCAAAUUACUGGUGACGUACAAUAGGCAUUACGUACUGAAGAUGAUCAGCUCGGAGGAGGUGGAACAAAUGCACAACUUUAUUGAAAACUACCAUGAGUAUAUAGUCAAUGUGCACGGACAAACGCUUUUACCGCAAUACCUUGGAAUGUAUCGUAUUACAGUGAAUGAUCAGGACACCUACCUUCUCGCAAUGCGUAACGUAUUCAGUCCACGAGUCACGGUGCAUCGGAAAUAUGAUCUCAAGGGCUCAGUCGUGGAUCGUGAGGCCAAUGAGAAGGAGAAGAGUAAACCGUUACCCACCUUAAAAGACAACGACUUUAUGAAUGACAUCUGCGAACUGCAUUUGGAGGAGUCGGCAAAACAACGAUUGCUGGAACACCUCGAGCGGGAUAUUGCGUUUCUACAAGACAACAACCUGAUGGACUACAGCGCCCUCAUCGGUAUCCACGAUGUGGAAUUAGCCGUUGACAACGACAUGGAGGAGGCCUCUGGAACCGGUCUUGGUUACCCUGCCUCGGCGUCUCCCGUCAACGUGGAGGUGGGCUCCGGUACCACUGCUGGCGGCGUCGGUAUCGCGGGGAUGGGAGGGCAUCGAGGCUCUGGUGCUGAAAUGCUCGCCUCCGCUGGCGAUGGGCUGGGCGAAAUCUUUGAAGAGCGUCUCUUCGGUCCCACUCACUCUAAUACUGCCUCUUUCAUUCCUUCCUCACUUCCCGUUGGCUCUUUCCCUCAUGCUGGUGUUGGUGUUGGCUUGAGCAAUGAACCUUUCUCGGAUUUCAGUCCACCGAACUCGGAGAAUUUUGACACUUUGGUGGCUCUUGGUAGUGCGGAGGAAGGGGCCUACACACCACCGGAGAGCCCUUCUGAUGACCUCUCUCAUCGCUUCCAACCGUUUACAGGGGAUCUGAAUCCUAUUAGCGAAUUCUACGCCUUCAGGGGAUCCCCAUCUCUCGGCCGGCCUGUAAUUUACUUUAUCGCGUUAAUCGACAUUCUCACCCGCUAUGGGAUGCGCAAACGUACCGCACAGACGUACAAGACAGUGAAACACGGUGGUGCUAAUGCCGACCAGAUAACUACAGUGCGUCCCGAGGUCUAUGGUCGACGUCUGCUCGACUUUCUACGCAAUUGCAUUGAAUAG